AUGGGGAUAUGGGAUGUGUUCCUGGCGCCGGUGCACUCGGUGGUGUUCAGCGCCCAGGCCGAGGACGCGGACGGGGACACGCUCAUGUACGUCAUCGACACGGCCUCGCCCGACGCCCGCUUCUUCCGCAUCGACCUCCCGAACAGCGGCCGCGUGGUGCUGGCGCGGGCCCUCGACUUCGAGAGCCGGCGGCACCUCGAGGUGGUCGUGACCGCCGUGGAGAUGAACACCCGGGAGCGGUUCAACGCCUCGGCCCGCGUGCGGGUCAAUGUCCUGGACGGGGAUGACCAGUACCCCCAGUUCCUGCCCUGCACCCCCCGCGCCCCCCACAGCCCCCUCGUCUGCACCAGCCCCGUCUACACCGCCAACGUCACCGAGGGCCAGCUCCAGGGGGGUCCCCUGAGCUUCAGCCCCGGCGCCGUCUAUGCCGAGGACGGGGACAGGGGGCUGCGGGCGGCCAUCACCUACUCCCUGCUGGCAGGUCAGGAGAGCAGCAGGUUCCACAUCGACAACGUGACCGGGGCCAUUACGCUGCUGCGGGCGGUGGAGAGCAGCCGGCAGACCCCCGAGAUCUGCCUCAGCGUCAUGGCCUCGCAGGUGAACGACCCCUCCAAGUACGCGGUGGCGCGGGCCCUGGUGCGGGUCCUGGCCCCGAACCGGCACCCGCCGCGCUUCCCCCGCGCCCGGUACCGCGCGUUCGUGCCCGCCGCCCCGCGCCGCGCCGCCCUGCUGCUCACCUUCGGCGGGCAGGUGCUCGCCCUGCGCGCACACGACCCCGACUUCCCCGAGGGGUGA